AUGUCCAACGUCUCCAACGAGCGCCAGUUCUGUCGUAUGAAGAACAUUUUGUACUCCACAUGGCAAGACUGGCGCUUGAGAGAAGCCAAGAUCUUGUCAAGCACACGGCAUGGCCGACACGCAACCCUCGGUGGACAAGGUCACAAGGAACUCAUCCCGUUCACCGAUGACAUCGUGGUGUACAUGCGAAAGCGGCCCGAGGAAGAGAAAUACGUCCGUGUGUUCCACCUCAUGCAGUGGGUGAAGCGCAAUCACAUGUCGUGGCUCACCGAGUACUUCAGCGACAAGAAUAGCGAGGUUGUUGCGUGUGCUACUUUCCGUCGUUUACUGCUGCGAUUUGCUGAACGCCAUCGCUUCCGGCUCCGUGAACCAUGCAUCAGCAAAGUGAGCCAGCAAGUCCUCCACGAAGUGUGGCUCGGCUACGCUGCAACCCUAUGGAACAAAUACGAACCAGAGGUGCACUAA